CAUACACAGUGUUUGCGCGUCGAGUGGCAAAAGUGUACAUUGCUAAACCAAGUGUAUAUAGAUUGUACCUCUGUAUUUUAUAUGUGUACAUGCAUACGUAAACGUCGUACUCGGAGCGCAACAGUGUACCUACUCUCUGAUCUGCUGUACGUAGUGCUCGCUCUUCGCUAUAUAUACAACAGUAUAAAGACACGGUUUCGGAGCGCGCGUGCGGCACACGCGAGAGGUUCUUUCGAUUUUUGUUUUUUUUUGUUUUUUUUUUUUGUGGUGUUUCUUUUUUUUCCCCCAUCCAUUCACUUUUGGGCCGAUAAAACCGAUGUGUCAACGCUCGAGCACGUGAUCCACCAACAUAAAUAUAUAUAUACAUACGCACACUUUGGCGCAUCUCACGCGCGUAUUCGCAUGAUUUAUUUGGCGCGAGCUAGAUUUUCCUAUCUCGUGUAAACACAUCGAUAUAUUAUAUCCAUAUAUAUAUAUAUAUAUUAAUUUAUUGUGCACCGUGCAGCUUUUAUUUGCAUCGUGCGACGCGUAAUGGAAGCGACGAGGGAGCGGAGUAAUGUAACAGGCGCAUAAUAUAAUGUACGUGCACUUGGAUGCCGAGGCUAUCUCCGUCUCUUCCGCAAAACAGCAGCCGAGCCGAGUGAUAAUAAGCAUAUACGAGCGAGCGAGCGAAAAAGGGAGAAAAGAUCGGCGCAACGAUAUACAGCUCGACGCAGAUAAGCCUGUCCUAACCUAGAGGAGAAGAUUUGAAGGGGAAAAAGAGACUAUCGCUUUAUUUGUACGGAGCAAAGUGAAGCUGACCGGGAGUUGUCCGGCUUGAAAAUUUCGCGCACGAUCGGUAUACCGCGAGCGCGCAAGCACAUACACGUACACAAGUGCGAAACGCAGCUUACGAGUGUAAGUACAAGCUGCAGAGACAAGAAAGCGAAUAAAGAGAGAUUCCUCUAUCUAGUACCCGCUGCAGCUGGCUUUCUCUCUCUCUCUCUCUCUCUCUCCGCGACUGAUAAUUCAUUUGACUGCACGGCGAUUUUUUUCCCUUUCACGCAGAAGCUCGGAAAAAUCUGUGUGGACGUAUUUAUGACAGAACUUUGACACAGCAGCCGAGAGGAGCGGAGUGGCGCAACUCAACGUAUAUACUCACGAGUAUCGUGGAUGUGGUGGUGUUCCUUAUCGUACCUACGUACAGACACAUACGUACAAGGGAAGGAAAAAGACGCAGAGAGAAAGAAAGAAGAAGGAAGGAAAUAGCGCGUGCACAUGCUCACGGUUGGUAUAUAUAGGUACACGGUGUUAUACCGAGCCUCGCGAGCUCCGAGUCCCUUGUUUCUUUUAUUUCGUCUCGUGGCGUGAAGCAGAGCCUAGCCUAUAUAGGUGUGCGUUUGCACUAUUGUGCAGCCCCGACUCUCAUCUGCCGCUGCGUCUCGUAUCUGAUGCAUGUUCUACUUCAUUGUACAGUGCCUGUGUGUUCGAAGCUCGACUGAGGAAGAAGAUCUUUGAGAGGAAGUAUAACGAACUGCGGGUUCGGCAAGUGUAUCGGUAGCCCGAUCGGCAAGAGAUCGGUAUGCGUCGAAGAUAAAGUGGCCGGCUGUUGAAUCAGUGAGGAAAUACGAGUGUGAUUAAAUAAAUAUAUAUAUAUAUAUAUAUUUGGUGGUGUUGAUUGUUUGUUUUGAAAAAUAAUACAUAUAUGUAUGCAAUGGUGGUGAUAUUAUAAUACAGAGUGGAUGUCGAAGUGACGGAGAGCGGACGCUGUGCAUCCGCAAAGUGAGAUCGGCAAGGGUUGCCGGGAGCCGCCGCAUGCGAGGUGGAUCGCCGCUCGUGUUGUUUUUACCAUGCUGGACACGGCCACGAGUCACAGGUGAGGGAGUGGGAAGGAGGCGCUGACCGGUGGUGGCGGCGGCGGCCAUGCGCCCCGGCCCGCCGAUCCCGAGCCGCCGCAGGCCUCCCCGUCGUCAUCAUCAUCAUCACCACCACCACCACCAACGGCCCGUCAUCACCACCAGCAGCGGUGCAACCAACAACAUCAAUAAUCGUCAUUAUCGGCGACAACAGCGUUGCGGUUUCAUUGGCUACUUCGUCUUGCUGUUGCUGGUCACGAAUCCGGGUCGGAGCCUCGAGGAGCCCCCAACUACGACAGGCGCCAACACCAGUCUUGCCUCCUCCUCCUCCUCGGUGAAUUCGAGUGAUGCACUGUUGGCUCCUUCAUCAUCGCCGUUACCAUCGUUGUCCCUCGAAAGUGAUGAAGAACAACUGCCUAAGGUUUACAAGCCGAGGGAGCCUCAGAACCUCACUAUCGGAUAUCUGACGGCGAUCAAGGGCGAGUUAAAGGACAGGCAAGGACUCGCCAUCUCCGGUGCCUUCUCUAUGGCCCUUGACGAGGUAAACGAAGAUCAGGACCUACUGCCGAGCGUGAAACUGCAAAUGCGAUGGAACGACACGAGAGGCGAAACGGUCGAGGCAACGAAGGCGAUGAUCGACAUGAUAUGCGACGGGGUCGUCGCUUUUUUCGGACCCGAGGGCUCCUGUCACGUCGAAGCCAUCGUCGCCCAGUCGCGCAACAUACCCAUGAUCAGUUACAUAAUUCCUAUGGAUUUUAUGGCCGUCCAUAAAUACGUUUUACAGCGAACGAACAAAUUUCAAGAGAUCAAGCUAACCAACACAAUAGAUAAGCUC